GGUGUGUCCAUCUUAAAGCGGGUUCCUUCGUGUCUCAGGAGCAGACAUGCAGUCCCCGCUCAUACUUUGCUUCUGCUCCCUUGCCCUAUCCAGCGCUCUGGCACAGGCAUCAAGCAAGGGAGUCACAGCAAGCUUAGCCGCAAAGUGGCCAGGGACCCCGUUCUUACUGGAGGCCAGUGAAUUUAUAGCAGAAGAAGGAAAUGAUAAAUUUUGGCAGUUUUUGGCAACUGUGCAGGAACUGACAAUUUAUAAGAACAAAGAUACAGAAUAUUCUUACUACACCCUAAUUUUAAAGAAAGCAGCCCCAAUUCCUGUCAGAUCUGCAGAUCGCACUGCUGAAAUUUGCUUUUUCUAUAAGAGCAUAUUCUCCGACAGUCCAAAUGUUUCAACAGAUUGCAGUUGAUGAGCCCCCUCCUGAAGGCUGCAGUGCAUUUGUUGCUGUCCAUGGGAUGCACACCUGUAAACCAAGUCAGAUUAAGAAACUGCUGAAAGAGGCACCUGAGAGACCAAGACCUUAUAUUUACAAAACGGAUCAUACAUUUCCAACUCUCACCAAGACCGCACCAGUAGCAAUUCUGUAUGCAGAGGUGGGCACUAAGGAUUUUGCAAAAUUUCAUAAAACGCUGACUGAAAAAGCAGAGACUGGUGAAAUAAUCUAUGUACUUAGGCACUACAUACAGCAUCCAGAUGAAAGGAAGAUGCUUUUAUCUGGCUAUGGAGUAGAACUUGCCAUAAAAAGCACAGAGUACAAGGCAAUGGAUGACACACAAGUUGACGCAAACAAUUCCUCACCAAAACCCGACAAUGGAAUAGCUGAAGAGGUUCAAGGAUUUUAUUUUGACAAAUUAAUGCAAAUGUAUCCAGAUCUGAAAGAGAAUCUGGGAGAGUUUCGAAAGCAUCUUAUCGAAAGUACUAAUGAAAUGGUUCCUUUGAAAGUUUGGGAGUUACAGGAUCUGAGCUUUCAAGCAGCAUCUAAAAUAAUAUCUACACCUGUAUAUGAAGCACUGAAAGUUUUAAGAGACAUGAGCCAGAACUUUCCUAUCAAAGCAAGAUCACUAACCAGAGUUGCAUUAAAUCAGGAAAUGAAAAAGGAGAUUGAAGUAAACCAGAAGCAUUUGUCAGAAACAUUUGGAAUUCAUCCUGGGGGUGCAAGUCUUUAUAUAAAUGGUCUUCAUAUUGACUUGGAUGUUCAUAAUUCAUUCAGGAGGAACCUCCUGAUCUGGACUGGGAAUAUUAUGUCUUGGUAUUUUUUCAAGUGUUACAUUAUUUCUAUCACGUUUAUAAAAAUUCAUACAACACAUUUUUGCUUUUUGGAAACCAUUAAAACUGAAGGGAAAACCCUGAAUGGCCUCUCUGCUUUGGGAAUAAAUAAUCAGGAUCUUAGUAAAUAUUUAAGAAUACAAGUGCACUCAAGUGAUGAGGACUAUGCUUUGGAUAUCCGACAUUCCUCAAUAACAUGGAUCAAUGAUAUUGAGACAGAUCACAUGUAUUCCCAGUGGCCAUCAAGUGUUCAGGAGCUAUUGAGGCCAGCAUUCCCUGGAGUAAUUCGCCCAAUUAGACGGAACUUCUUCAAUCUGGUUUUGUUUGUGGACCCAGUCCAAGAGAAUGCAGCUGAUUAUGUGAAGCUCGCAGAAUUAUUUUACCGACAUAAUGUUCCUCUUAGGUAAUGUAUAGGUAUUCAUAAAAGAUUUUGUGAGAAAAAAUUAAAUUACACUAACAUUACCUGAAAGCGUAUGCAGUUUAGAAAUAUGAUAACCUUUUAUUUGUUAAUCAUGCGCCUAUCUUUAUGGUUAUCUAGGAUGUGCUCCCUUUGAUAUUACAGGUAGAGGAUCUGUACUGUAUAUUUAAGUGUAUUUGGCAGUUCAAAGCAAUAGCAGUUGCAGCACAAUAAGAGAGCACAGCAACAGAGGUUGAUGAAUCAGAAAUGUAAUAAAAUCAUUCUACCAAAGAAACAAAGUGUGUUGCAUUUUUUUAAGGUUUGAUUUUAAAAUUGUGUACAGUAUAGUCAAUAAAUUUAAAGAAUUAAUUCUUUGAAAACAUGCAUGUAAAGGCAUAAUCGCAGUUAAAAGCACCCUUUUGCUCAAUUAAAGCUCUUAGCUCUUAGUCGUCCUAAAGUUUUUCACAUGCAGCGAGUGUGUAAGUAUCCUAUCAUUUCACCCUGCUGGCUUAAAAUUUCUCAUAUCUUAGCUUUUUUGUUUGUUUGUUUUAUUUCCCUAGGAUCGGAUUUGUUUUUGUUAUAAACUCUGAUGAAGAAAGCAACACUGGGGAGGAUGCAGGUGCAGCCUUCUUGCAGGCAUUUAACUACAUAGCAGAAGAAUCUGACAGCGCUCAAGCAUUUUCUUCCAUAAUAAAUGUUAGAAAUUAAAUUUUCAGUUCUACAGUAGUUCAUUUUUAUAAUGUAAUAUUACUGUAGUCUGCACAAGGAAUCAACACUUUUCUAACCACUAUGAGUAACUGCUUAAGUUAUAUAAAACAGAGGUACCCGCAUUAUUGACAGCCCUUUUCCUGGGAUAGCUAAAAGCACUGCAAUGGGGGAAGGAAGGCCUAAAGGAAAUAUUAGAUAGAGCGAGAAACAUGGAGUGGAUGCUCAUUUGGACAGAUACUCUGUCCAAGUUUGGGCAGAACUUUAGCACUGGUUUUCUUUUUUCCUUGUAUUAUCAAGGGACUUGAAUUUCCAAAAAAGAUAUUAAGGGAAGCUGUUAAAUACUAACUAUGCUUGACUAUACUGUAAAAUUAUUUAUAGCAAAAUAUAAUAUACUCUGAGUAUGAUAAAGAUAUUAGGGAUCUCCCAGUACUGAUCUAGAAACCCUCUGAGAAAGGGCCUUGUGUGAGCAAGGUUCUGUAUUACACCUCUGGAGAAUAGGUGUAUAUUAGUUAUGUAUCUUUUUAGAGGGUGUGAUGUUUAUCCAUAUCUUUCUGGGCCAAUAGGCAUCAGCCAUUUACAUUGUAUUCAUUGUUGACCUUGGUAUCCCGAUUUCGCACAGGUUUAAAUUUCGUACAGGGUUAUAUGUCAUUUGUCAAUAUUUAAAAAAAAAAAA